AUGGUCAAUCCACGUAGCGAUGAUUUCCAAGAAGCAGCGGAAGCGCUGAAAGACGAUAUAGGCGCAUAUGUCUUUGUUGUGGAGGCUGGUGACGAAAAGAGCUAUGGACAAGACACGCAGCUCACAACAAAUGACAAAAUCAUUCGUAUCAAACAAUGGCGAGGAACCGAUUCUGAAGUGCUUGGUCCCAUAGCUGAUAUGAUUUGCAAGGUACUGCAUGUUAAUUAUCACUUUAUCAAAGCUCUGAAGUAG